GAUCCCUUCUAGCCAUGACCAGGGGGCGUGGCCUUGCUUAACGAGUCAAUCCGGAAGUAGUAUGGAGCGUGUAAAAUUCGGUGGUGUCAAAUGAAAAAUACCGUCAAGAGCCAGUGAAACACACAUACUGGCUUGGAUGGAUUGGUAGGAGAACAGUGGUGAAAAGGACGAUGCAUAUCGCAAGUCUCGGUGAAUUCCUAUGUUGAUAAAUAAAUCAAUUGAACACAUCUAGCUAAAUGUCGGAUCCAAGAAAGAGGGGAGGAAAUGUGGACUGGACAUGCAGUGAGGCACUGACACCGGUGGGCAAAACGGAGAGGAAUUAAAGUGAGAGGAGUGAAGCCGAUCAACUGAAACCAUUCUUCGACAUCCAAACUGGCUUUCCAGAUAGCAAGCAACACGUCCUACCGGGGCAAAUUACAAAAGGAUGAUGGCUGAGGGAUAACGUCAAGGACUGUCAGCCCCUCCACCCCAACGUGACCCUGGUUAUCUUAUCCAAACACCCCUUUUCCCCUUGUUUUUCCUCAAUUUCCUCUUGCCCCAACUCACUCUCCUGUCCCAGUGUUUCAUGGAGGAGAGACAAACCGAUACAACAACACACUGGGUUAAUACUCACGUCUCUGCAAUAGAGGUUCUGGAUCAUUCUCCUGUCAUGUUAUCGAUCAGACUCAAUGAUUGGAUGAGCAUCUAUCCUCUGAUGUCAUUGGGCCAUGGUUCGCAAGAGAGGUUCCCUUAUCUUGUGUGGAGCUUUCCUAUUCGUCGCCUGCAAUGGCUUGCUUCUCCUUUUCCUUUGGGGACGGCCUCCCAUUGGUCGACUUGGGGAGGGGGGAGGGGCUGAGCCAGGGGGAAGGGAAGAGUGGGGAGUGGCCAAAAGAAAAGGGGGUGGGACUAAUCUGGCUGGUGAGGUGAUCCGAUUGGCCGAGGAGGUAGAAUCGGAACUCGAGACCCAGAAGGAACUUCUGAAGCAGAUUCAGAGUCACAGGUCACUAUGGGAAAAGAGGAGAGGGAUGGGAAGAAGACGGAUGGAUGGAGGGAAGGUAGAAAAUAAAGAGGAACACAAACCGCCGCCACAGUUGCCUCCAGUACCUCCAAAGGACGAUUCAGAGAACAAGGACCCAAGUCAAGAAAAAACUAAACAGGAAUUUAUUGUUGCAGCAGUCCAAGACCUUAAAGUAGACACACAACCGGACAAUGACAUAAAAGAACUGAACUACACCAAAUUGGAAGUAACUGUCACCAGCCCACAAGUUGUCAUUCCCAUAUUGGUUAUUGCCUGUGACAGGGUGACCGUGAAAAGGAGUCUUGACAAAUUGAUCCAAUACCGCCCCUCUGCAGAACUCUAUCCAAUCAUAGUUAGCCAGGACUGCGGCCAUGCUGAGACGGCCCGUGUGAUUGGCUCGUAUGGCAGUCAGGUGACUCACAUUAGCCAACCAGACCACUCGGACAUCCGGGUACGGCCGGAGCACAGGAAGUUCCAGGGUUACUAUAAGAUUGCCAGACACUACCGCUGGGCCCUCAACCAGGUGUUCGACACACUCUCUCACUCCACCGUGGUGAUCGUGGAAGAUGACUUGGAGGUGGCCCCGGACUUCUUUGAGUACUUCCGCGCCCUGCACCCCAUCUUGACCUCUGACCCCACCCUGUGGUGUGUGUCUGCCUGGAACGACAACGGCAGAGAUGGCCUGGUGGACCCUGGGAAGGCUGACCUCCUCUACAGGACAGACUUCUUCCCGGGGUUGGGCUGGAUGCUGCUGAAGGACGUCUGGGCAGAACUAGAACCCAAGUGGCCCACAGCCUUCUGGGACGACUGGAUGCGUCACCCCGAGCAGCGUAAAGAGCGCUCCUGCAUCCGCCCAGAGAUCUCCAGAACUAUGACCUUCGGACGCAAGGGUGUCAGCUUGGGUCAGUUCUUUGACCAGUAUCUGCGUUAUAUUAAACUCAACACUGACUUUGUGCCUUUCACCAAACAUGAUCUGUCUUACUUGAUGAAGGAGAACUUUGACGUGAACUUUGUGAAGGAGGUUUACAGCGCCCCCCUAGUUAAAAUAGAAGAGCUACAACAAGGGGGAGGUUUGAAGGAAAUGGGUCCAUACCGGGUACAAUAUUCCAGCCGGGAGAGUUUUAAAGUCAUGGCUCGUAACUUAGGGGUUAUGGAUGACUUGAAAUCGGGGGUUCCCCGUGCAGGGUACAGGGGCGUGGUCAGCUUCCUGUCCCGUGGACGACGGGUCUUCUUGACCCCACCUGAAGGAUGGACAAAGUACGACGUCAGCUGGAGCUGAGAGGUUCGUACAGAACGUAGUGUGAAUGGUAUCGAAGACCGACUUGAGAAACGCCCUCUCAAACCAAAGAAAACAAGGUCACAUGAAGAAACAGGAGCUAAACCAAACAGACCGGCUUGGUGGGUGAAGGGAUUUGACAUGUGGUAGAAGUAGUUUGGGUAAUGGACAGGAGGAGUAAGGCACUCCUUUGUUUUAUGAGUGAACCUGAAUGCAGUGUAACACAGGGAACAGCCCAGGGAGUGAAACCACAAAGUCUUUCACAGAAAGUAAGAAAUCAUUUAGUGCUUGGUUAUUCUCCUGCUAGAGCUUAUCUAGGAAAGGUUUUACUGUUCGCUUCAACCCAAUGUCUUAAACUGACUCUAAAGUUCUGGACAACCACAUUGAUUGGGAGGGCUCAGAGAUGAGCUUUUUGUCUUGUUCCCCGUGUCACCAGGUCUUUUAAAGGAGAUGCCAAACCCUUCUCUGGUCACAUCCCAAAUCGCACCCUUUUCCCUAUUUAGUGCACUACUGUUGACCAGGGCCCAUAGGGAAUAGGGUGCAAUUUGGCACAGCCUAUGUCUACAUUCUACUUUAAAAGAACUUGCAGUAUUCUACUCACUCAAAGUGAAUGAAUGGGGUCAAAAUAUUAGCUAGACUGGUAUUAAUUGAGUAUUAUAAAUAUGAUUGUCAAAUUUGGUUUAUUCAUUUAAAUGUUUUUUUUGGGGGGGGGGGGGAAGGCUAUUUUGGGAAAUGUUAUUUAGCGAUCUUGUAAAUGGUUUAUAAAGAGAUUGUUCAGAUGGUCAGAGGUUCAUACAUUGCCACAUGCAGCGCACACACAUCGUACGUGACAUUCUGUUGAUGUUGGGUUUAUCCCAAACGGUACCUCGUUCCCUAGAAAGGGAAGAGGACCAUUUGGGACGCAGAGGCUGACUAUUAUACUCGAGCCCUUUCCAAACGGUGGUAUUCUACAGUAAAGGUUUGUUGAAAAACCAAUGAUUGUGAUUGUUUUACUUUUUCUUUCUUCAUUUACAUGAUGUGUGAUACAUUUAUGUACUGUAUUUAGUGCUGGGUGAUCGAUUCAUAUGUCCUUAUGGUGGAACAACAACAAAAAACCACAGCCUGAUGUGUUAACUUUAAUACGGUGCAAAUAAAACGGACUAUUUUGA